AAUAUCUCAGAUGCCUUAGACCAAUCAGGAAGCGCAACGUCAUCAGAGCGUCACAGAAAGAGGAAGAAACUGUUCUAAGAGAAAAAGCAGGUGCUGCACGUGAGAAACUUAUCGCGUGCAAACUAACUAAUCUAAGCUUCAUUUAAUCUAACUUCAAAGUGUGUAUUGAGUUGCUGUGUGCGUACAUGCAAAAAAAACCACACACAAGUUUGUAAUUCAACAAAGUCUUCAGUAAAGCAAGAAAACCUUUACUAUGUCCUGUAGUGCUUCUUUUCACAACUAAGCAUCUCAUUCAGUUCUGACCGACUGCCUGCUGCUUUCCGCACCUAUAACUAUUCACUACAUUCCGAACCCUACAUUUCAAUUGGUCCUUCGAGCCGGAUGCGGAUCACAGCAGAGAGAUGACAUCCCAUUCUGAACCAGAUCCCCGUGUUGUCAGACCUCGACGACAAAUAAGGCCGCCUGCACAUUUAGCGGAUUAUGCUGUUUCUGGAAUAGAGAAUGUGAAAAGAGCAUUACCAACUAGUCGGUUAAAUGAAGCUGUGAGGGAUGAAGCCCCACUGAGGACAGAUACUGUAUCAAGAUCAUCCUCCCCAAAGAGCCAGUUAUCAUAUUUAGAUGAUCUAGAUGUCCAAGAUGAAUGGCAAGAGGAUGAUGAGCAUCUGCAAUCACAACAGUUAUCUGAAAUUAAGUCUAUGUGGGCUGAGAUGAAGAGAGGCAAUGAUGAGCUGCAUAGUCACAUCCUACCUGGGAUCCUGUCUGCAUUACAAGGGCUCAAGACAGAGAACUCCAACAUAAGGCAGGAGAUACAGCAAUUAGCAACACGUGCCGAGGCACCUAGACCACAAGUAACCCCAGUAGCAGCCCCGCGUACUAGUGUGUCAUCCAGACAGAGGCAGCAGCUAUCUGCCACCCAGAGUGAGCAUACACUAUAUUCCCAUGAUGUUCCACGUAGAUCAGUUCAGACUGAGCAGCUGACCAGAGAGAUGAGGGACUUGACAUUUUUACCCAGAUCAGAGCACAUGAGCCAUCAUACCCCCCCACAAAGGUCUUAUGCUUACGCAUCACAGCCUGCUGAAGCUGUCUUUUAUGGAGAUGAAACUCCACGAGCCAUACAUGGACAUUAUUCAGGGGAGCAGGAGAUGCAUGGACUACCCCAAACUGGGAUAACACCUCGAGCUAUAAAGUUCCAUGAACAGGAGAAAGCUUAUAGGGGGCCAACUCCUACAAUACCUCGCUUAACAGCAGCUGACCCAAGACAGUUCUCAAGACUGCAAAUGGCACUAGAGAACCUCCUGCCAGAAGAUGCAAGUGAGUGCUUCAAAUAUCAGAUCCUGACUGAUCAUUUGAUGGUAGAGGAAGCCCUGCUGGUGGCAGACUCCUACUGCAAUUCAGUUAGACCUUACACAGACACUAUGCGAGCCCUUGUGAAGAUGUAUGGUGAACCUCACAAGCUCGUUCUGCGAAACAUAACAGAGGUACUGGAAGGUCCAAACAUUAAGCCAGGAGAUGUUAAAGCAUUCAAGUUAUUUGCGCUCCGUGUGCGCUCUCUAGUGAGUAUGUUGGAGCAGUUGGGACCUGAAGGAGCAGCUGAACUGGAAUGUGGCUCGCACGUGUCUAGACUACAAGGUAAACUCCCUCAUGAGCUCAGGACUAGUUUCAAGAGGCAUGUCCACCCAUUAAGAAUUACUGUUCCUACCCUAUUGGAUUUUGCAGACUGGUUAGAAUAUGAACUUCAAGUUCAGGAUGAUACAGGCAAAACAGCUAUCCAUGCUGCAGAUUCAUCCACCAAGAGAAGAGAUACUCGUCAUGAAUCAAAGUCACAAGGGAAAUCGAUGAGCAUCCUGCUGGGCACAGAGAAGCCUGCAACAGACCGUGAACUCAGAGUGCCUGCUUCGGAGUCUAGAUCUAGCUCUAACAAGUAUGGAGGAAAAUUGCAUGCUUACUGUCCUUAUUGUGACAAUUCCAGUCAUUUUCUUAAUGGAUGUCUUAAUUUCAGAGAGUUGACUAAAGAUCAGAAAGAGUCAUGGAUUCGAAAGAAUAACCGCUGUUGGAGAUGCGGUCGUAAUCAUCAGGCAUCCAGAUGCACUCUGAAAGCGCUGUGUAAGACUUGCAACAGGAAACAUCUCCUCGUAUUACAUGAGCUUAAUGAGCGAGCUGUGGAUACCAGCUCUGAGCCUGAACCUAAUGAAACCACCUGUCUUGUGAGCACCACAAAGGAUAUCUUAUAUGUGGACCGUUCUGUCACCAGCCGCAGAGUCCUUCUUAAACUGAGCAAGGUAAUCAUCACAAAUGGGGAUAAAUCAAUGGAGACAUAUGCAGUGCUGGAUGAUGGAUCAGAAAGGACUAUCCUCCUCCAUGCCGCAGCUCAGCAGUUAAAUCUCAAGGGGCAGUCAGAGGACCUGAUAUUGAGAACAGUGAAACAAGAUCAGCAGGUCCUGCAUGGGGCGGCAGUCUCCUUCACAGUGUCUCCUGUGUCUAACCCUAACAAGAAAUUCCAUAUCAAAGGUGCAUUUACAGCUGACAGACUAGGUUUAGCAGAGCAUACAUACCCAGUGGUAUCCUUACAAAAGAGAUAUCGACAUCUAGCUGGCCUUCCCCUGCAACAGAUUGAUAAAGUCCAACCUAUGCUGUUAAUUGGUUCAGACUGCCCACAUCUAAUCACUCCCAUUGAACCUGUUCUAUUAGGCCCACCUGGUGGACCAGCAGCCGUUAAGACCCGCCUGGGAUGGACCUUACAAGGGCCCACGCAUGAGAUUCAGCAUGGAGUCAAUUCUCAUCAAUGUUUUUUCACAUCUGUCCUCCCCAACUCAGACCUGUUGGAUCACGUUGAGAGACUAUGGAAAAUGGAUGUAGUUCCCUACCACAAUGACAAGGUUGUGACACGAUCUAAACUGGAUCAGGAUGCUGUUAGACUACUGCAGGAGAAAACCGUUAGAGUGGAAGUAGAUGGAAUAAUGCGUUAUGCCACACCACUGCUUCGGGUACAGAACAUGCCAAGUUUAACCAUGCCCAAAGAUGCUGUUCUCCCUCUGCUCAGAAGUGUAGAAAGGAAGCUGCUUAGGAACCACGACCAGGCUUUAACCUACCAAACUGAGAUCACUAAGUUAGUAGACGCUGGCUAUGCAGUAAAGCUGGAGGAAAGCGAGGUGAACAGCUCCAAUGAGUCGUGGUACAUACCCCACCAUAUAGUGCAACAUAACGGAAAGUAUAGAGUUGUCUAUAACUGCUCCUUUCAUUAUGAAGGUCAAAGCCUAAAUCAAUUCCUCCUUCCAGGACCAACACUAGGCCCAUCAUUGUUGGCAGUAUUACUGCGGUUCCGUGAGCACUCCAUAGCUAUCAGCAGUGAUAUUAAAGGUAUGUUUCACCAGGUGAGGCUGCUUCCUGAUGACAAGUCUCUACUUCGAUUCCUGUGGAGGGAUGUAAAACCAGAGCAAUAUCCUGAUGUGUAUCAGUGGCAGGUGCUGCCCUUUGGCACGACAUGCAGCCCCUGUUGCGCUACAUACGCCCUGCAAAGGCAUGUCAUGGAUCACAGCCAGCCUGGGGAUAAGGUCAGGGAUGUUAUUGAGAAGUCCUUCUAUGUUGACAACUGUUUACAUAGUCUUACCUCCAAGGAAGAAGCUAAAGAUUUAGUUGAUCAGCUCUGUUCACUUCUGUCAUCUGGAGGCUUUGAACUUCGACAGUGGGCCAGCAAUUGUCCGUCUGUAAUCACUCACCUUCCCCCUGAAUCUAGAUCCAACACCUGUGAUCUUUGGCUUCGUCAAGGCCAACAAGACGUCCAUGAGUCGACACUUGGACUGCACUGGCACUGCCAAUCUGACACACUGCGUUACAAGCACAGAGGUACAUCCUAUUCGACUGUGACUAUGCGCAACAUUUACCGUGUUCUGGCAAGUCAGUAUGACCCCCUCGGUUACAUCAUUCCCUUUACGACAAGAGCCAAAAUAAUAGUGCAGCGUCUGUGGGAUAAGAGGAGGGACUGGGAUGACCCACAGUUACCUGAUGACUUACUUGACAUGUGGUCAGCAUGGGAGAAAGAGUUAAGUGCAUUAGAGGAGAUAACCCUGCCCAGAUGUUACUUCAGUUCACAGAUGGAUCAACCAUCUUGUAGACACGAGAUCCACGUGUUUUGUGAUGCAUCGGAACAGGCAUAUGGAUCAGUAGCCUACCUACAGACAAAAAACACUAAGGGUGACGUAGAAGUUACCUUUGUAGCUGCCAGGUCUCGUGUUUCCCCUCGCAAGCAACAGUCCAUACCUCGUUUGGAGUUGUGUGCAGCUCUUAGUGGUGCACAACUUUCUCAGGUUUUAGUCACUGAGCUUACCAUCCCCAUCCACUCUGUCACACUCUGGUCAGACUCCACUACAGUGCUCACAUGGUUGUUGUCCAGUUCAUGUCGUUAUAAGGUGUUUGUGGGAACCAGAGUAGCAGAGAUCCAAGAGUUGACUGCAUCAGCUACCUGGCGUUAUGUUCGAUCCAGUGACAACCCAGCAGACGACAUAACUCGAGGCAAACCCCUUCGAGACCUCUCAGCAAGGAGCCGAUGGUGCCAAGGACCGCCUUUCCUUAAGCUGCCCCCAGAUAGUUGGCCUGAACAACCCCCCUUGCCUUCAGAAACACAAAGCAGUGAGUUAAAACAGUUUGUUUUCUGUGCAUCAGUAAAUGUAACUACGCCAUUGCCAAAGCCAGAGCAGUACAACACCCUCUCAGAAUACCUAAAUGCCUAUGGUCAGGAGCUUCAUGGGGCGGCCUAUACUUCAUGUGCUGACACCCAAAGAGAUGUCCAACGAGCAGUCCUUUGUCAAUGUCAAGCUGAGUCUUUUCCUACUGAGUUAAGCCUCCUGAGGUCAGGAAAGCCAGUGUUGACCACCAGCCGAUUAGCCUCACUCUCCCCUGAACUAGACACAGAUUCAGGUUUUAUUAGAGUAGGUGGCCGCUUGCGCCAUUGUGACGUUUUAGAGGCGGAUAUAGUACAUCCAAUUGUCCUUGACCCUCAACAUCCUGUCACUCAAUUAGUUAUCAGAGAUUACGAUAACAAAUUGCUUCAUCCUGGCUCAGAGCGGUUGUUUGCAGACAUAAGAAGGACAUAUUGGAUAUUAAGGGGUCGUGAAGCAGUCCGCAAACAUCAACGUCAAUGUGUCGAGUGUAGGAAAUGGAGAAGCCGCCCAGAAGUGCCUCUUAUGGCCGAUCUACCUCUCACCAGACAAAGGUACUUCAGACCAGCCUUCUAUUCAACAGGCAUGGAUUGCUUUGGGCCUUUCCUCAUCAAAAUUGGCCGUCGUAAUGAGAAGAGAUGGGGCAUAGUCUUUAAGUGUAUGACAAUAAGAGCAGUGCACAUUGACAUUCUCACAAGUAUGGACUCUGACUCCUUCCUGAUGGCCCUACGAAGGUUCAUCUCUCAGCGAGGAAAGCCACAUGAGUUGCUGUGUGACCAGGGAACUAAUUUCAAAGGAGGGGAACGUGAAUUAAGCGAAUCCUUUGAUGCCCUACAGAGUCAACUAAAGAGUCACCUUGCCAGCCAACAGAUCAAGUUCCUUUACAACCCACCAGGUGCACCUCACUUUGGCGGUUGCUGGGAAAGGGAGAUCCGCUCGAUCAAAUCGGCUCUCAGAGUGACCAUCGGGGCGCAGACUGUCACAGAAGAGGUGCUGAGAACAGUCCUGAUGGAGGUGGAAGGUAUCCUUAAUUCCAAACCCCUUGGAUAUACCUCCUCUGAUAUAGCUGACAUUGACCCAAUUACACCGAACUGUUUCCUCAUUGGACGACGAGAUACCUCUUUACCUCAGGUGGUCUACCAAGAGUCAGAGAUGUUGAGUCGUCGACGUUGGCGUCACAGCCAGCUACUUGCAGAUCAUUUCUGGAAGCACUUCCUUAAGUAUUACCUGCCCAGUCUCCAAGUACGCCAGAAGUGGAAGUCAGACAAGAAAAUGUUGGAGAUUGGUGAUGUGGUUAUGAUCGUUGAUUCCCAACUACCUCGUGCCCUGUGGCCAGUAGGAAAAAUCACUCAGGUGUUCCCAGGUUCAGAUGGCAGAGUACGAGCAGCUAAUGUGGCAGUUAAGGAUAGGACAUACAUGCGACCGGUAGCUCGACUCAUUCAGCUUCCAGCCUUACCUGAGGAUAGUUGAUGUCAGGAUAUAGACCUUUUAAGAUGAGCGAAUUCAACUCUUGAAUUCGGGGGCGGCUGUUCAAAAGGCUCAAAAGUCCUAAAUAUCUCAGAUGCCUUAGACCAAUCAGGAAGCGCAACGUCAUCAGAGCGUCACAGAAAGAGGAAGAAACUGUUCUAAGAGAAAAAGCAGGUGCUGCACGUGAGAAACUUAUCGCGUGCAAACUAACUAAUCUAAGCUUCAUUUAAUCUAACUUCAAAGUGUGUAUUGAGUUGCUGUGUGCGUACAUGCAAAAAAAACCACACACAAGUUUGUAAUUCAACAAAGUCUUCAGUAAAGCAAGAAAACCUUUACUAUGUCCUGUAGUGCUUCUUUCCACAACUAAGCAUCUCAUUCAGUUCUGACCGACUGCCUGCUGCUUUCCGCACCUAUAACUAUUCACUACAUUCCGAACCCUAC